AUGCUGUUUCUCCUUGCAUUGGUGCAAGUCGCAAGCGCGAGUCUCGCAACUGUGCAUCGAGGGUUCGGGCAAAAGGGAUAUCUGAGUACUGCAGACUAUACAGGGCAACACCUAAGUACAGAAAUCGACAGCUCAGCUGCCAUUUUUCAUGCCUACAAUCUGUCUGUCCCAAUAGAUCAUUUCCACAAUGAAUCGAGAUAUGAACCCCAUAGCAGCGACACAUUUGCCCUUCGAUAUUGGUUCGAUGCUAGCCACUACAAAGAGGGAGGACCUGUGUUUGUCCUAGAAAGUGGAGAGACUUCCGGCGAAGACCGAUUACCAUACCUGCAAAAAGGUCUAAUCUCCCAACUGGCACAGUUGACAAACGGAAUUGCCGUGGUCCUUGAGCAUCGUUAUUACGGUACAAGUAUACCAACCAAGGACUUUUCAACGGAGAGCUUGCGAUUCUUGACAACAGAACAAGCCCUUGCUGAUGUGGCAUAUUUUGCUCAGAAUAUCAUAUACCCGGGACUUGAAGAUCAGAGUCUUACCUCAAACUUUGUCCCGUAUAUUGCCUAUGGCGGUUCUUAUGCCGGUGCAAUGGUCGCUUUUCUCCGCGUGACUUAUCCGGAUGUCUUCUUUGGCGCCAUUGCAUCUUCAGCGGUCACUGAAGCCAUCGUUGAUUACUGGCAAUACUGGGAGCCCAUACGGCGAAACGCCCCACAAGAUUGUGUUCGCACAGUUGAAAAUCUGACCGGUGUUCUCGACAGCCUUACGUCCAACACCGCCGCAAUCCAAGAUCUGGAAACACUAUUCGGUCUUGAGGAUCUCAGUUAUGUUGAUGACUUUGCAAACGUCCUAAGCUAUCCGCUGUCAAGUUGGCAAGGAAGGAACUGGGAUCCUACCAUUGACGAUCCGACCUUUUUCGAAUACUGUGGCAAUAUCACUGUUUCAGACUCUCUUCUCUACAAGGACGCUACGUCAACAGACAAGAUCGAAAAAGCAACCAAACUCAUUACUACUGCUGGCUGGGGUGAUAGCGAAGGAAGUCGUCAAUUGACGACUCAACUGUUGAACUUUGCAGGCUGGCUUAAUGAGACCAUAGUCUGGCCCUGUAUCGGCAGAGGUCGAAGUGCAGAUUCAUGCUUCUCGUCCCACAAUGUAACCUUCUAUGAACAGGAUGACCUGGCCCAAGACUGGAGACUAUGGGAAUAUCAAGUCUGUACCGAAUGGGGCUACUUCCAAACCGGCAGCAGCACACCCCCCUCCAAACCAGCCAUGAUCUCACGCUCCAUCACAGUCGACUAUAUGAGCUUACCAUGCAAAUACGCCUUCAACAUCACCUCGCCACCUGAGGUAGACACAAGAAUAAACCAUCGAUACGGCGGCUUUAGCCUCUCCUAUCCACGUCUUGCAUUUAUAGGCGGCAAAGCAGAUCCCUGGAGAGAAGCGACCCCCUUUGCGGAUGAUGCGCCUGGCCCAGGACGGAAGAAUACGUUGAAUAGACCGUUUGUGGAGAUCGAGGGGGGUGUUCAUCACUGGGACGAGAAUGGCCUUUUCCCCAACGAGGCGACACCGUCAUUGCCGCCGAAGCCAGUGGCGGAUGCGCAGGCGUAUGAGCAUGAAUUUGUGAAGAUGUGGCUUUCGAUGAAAGAAUGGAUACGACUAACUGGGGAAGGACAGGGUCCUUUGUUCGGCCUUAUUUAG